AUGGGCACUUGCUAAACGAAUAAAAGAAAAUUAAAUAGUUAAAAUACCACCAUGACUCCUGUGAGUUAAUUUUCAAAUAAAAUAAUUUCAUAUUCACAGAAUUGGAAUGAUACAAAAUCACAACCAAAACUCGUCCACAAAAGACCCUCUAAUAUAGAAUAUAGUGAAUAUGAUCCAACAAAUCCGCAUAGACAGUUUAAUGUACUGAUAAAUGGAGUUCAUUUUGAAGUCAUAAAUUCAGUUGAAGAAGACAUUUUGGGAUAACUCGAUUGA